UCUCUCUCAGAUUAGUGAAAGGUAGAGCGAGGGAAGGAGUGCAGUGGAGCUUUACUCAUGAAGCUGCCUGCCACCCAGCCAAACUUUAGCGGCCUCUCGCUGGCUGUCCCGGGAUCAGGCUUUCGCCAGGGAAUUCUGCAGCCCGGCUCCAACACUCUGAGUUGUGACGACAGCAGCUCAGUCAGCAGCGGGAUCAGUGACACCUUGGUCACAGAUGACCUCGACACCAGGUCGUCCAUUAGCUGCUACGUCAACACCCCAUCUGUCCCACACAGAGACGUAGAUGAACAGCUCCAGACGGAUGCAGAGAAGCACUCUGCAGUAAAACACAACCCCAACUGGUCCAACAGCGAGCCUAAACAUUCAGAAGGUGGCUCUGACUGUGCCAAAAAAAUGGAGACCACAACUAAAUGGAACAACAGGUCCUCAGAUUUCUCAGAUGAAUUAGAACGAAGCUUGGUGGGUCGCAAGACACCUACCAUCUCACAGACGGGCUCCUGGAGGCGAGGAAUGGCCGCCCAGGUGGGCGUCACCUCCCCACGGAUGAAGGCUACAACACCUACGAACUGCAGCUCACUCAAGACACAUGGUAAGACCGAUGACGCCAAAGUGUCGGAGAAAGGACGUUCCAACGGCACCCACUCCAAAAAUGCUGAUGACUCCAAGAAACCUCCCCUCAGUUUGGCCUCACGCACCCCAACCAGCACUUUUGGCUUCAAGAAGGCUCCGGGAACGAUAAUAACUGCCAGUGGAGCUGUUAUAACUAGUGGCUCUGCUACAGUGGGCAGGAUACCUAAAUCGGUUGGGUUUUCUGGGAGUCGAAUGGUGGGUCGGCAAGCGACGGUUGAUGAUGGAUACCUUCCUUCAAGUGCUCGGAUGACUUUUCAGUACCGCAGCUUACCAAGGCCUAGUCGUACUGGCGCCACUCGCUGUUCCAACCGCUCCAACAACUCGAGCCUUGAUGCUAGUUUUUGCAAUAAAGGUACUGCCACACUUCCCAAUCCCAAGAGUCGCAACUUAGUCAAGUCGCCAAUGGGAACUACAAACCAAACAGACCGAGAGAAGGGUAUCUUUUCCGAUGUGGAGAGCCAGGUACUUAAGACUAACGCAACUGCCAGGAUGGGGAUGCCAACUCAGUGCCAAGCUGAACGACAAGCAGGAGGAAAGUAUUCAGAAAUGUCCUCGCCAACCUUUCAUAGACUCUUUGGUAACAAAUCUUGCAACAAGCAAGCUCCGGUCACCACCAUGGAGAACUUGAAGAGCUCCACCAUCAUCUCCAAUCCUCAUGCCACGUCCAUCCAGCAGAAUUAUUCUCUAACCAUGCCAUCAGUUGCCAGUGGAGGCAGCGACCCAUUUUACGGUGACAAUCUGAUGGUGCAUUCUGGGUGUCAUGGAGAGCAGACCCUUUCCUCUAUGACCUCCAGCCCAGGGUCAGCUUUCUCUUCUUGGGGAGGCAGGGAUGGAUUGGACUCCAACCACACCAGUACUGACUAUAUAGAUGUUACCUUGGGAAAGGAAGAUUUAUGUCUUAAUCGGACCAACAGUGUCCGAACUGGCCUCUCAGACAGGUAUGGCUAUGUGCCUCAGGUCAAAGGUCAUGAAGAGGCCCGUGAUUGGCUAUGUUCACUGUCAACUGUUGGGCUUCCAGAUUCAAUUGGCUCUUCCUACUACACCCCUGCCUCUGCACUCAGCUCGCCCUCCGGCACACGCUUCAACUUUAGCACACUUGGCAGUCCCACCGCAGCUUCUCAGAUAGCAACUUUGCAUGGUACCAAUGGUCAGUGCAAUCACAACAACCCGUGCGACCCCUACAGCGACCCACGUUUGAAGAACAGCUCGAUGAGCAUGGAGGAAAAGAGCCGCACUAUGAGUAGCUCCGGAUCGUUCCGUGAAUGCCUGGAGGAAGUUCAUGGCUCAUCUUUGUCUCUAGUCUCGAGCACAUCAUCAGCUUACUCUACGCCUGAGGAAAAGGCUCAGACGGAGAUCCGUAAGCUGAGGAGGGAAUUGGAUGCGUCGCAAGAAAAGGUCUCAGCUCUCACAACGCAGCUCAGUGCCAAUGCUCACCUUGUGGCGGCUUUUGAGCAGAGUUUAGGAAACAUGACCAUCCGGCUGCAGAGCCUGACGACGACAGCAGAACAGAAGGACACAGAGCUAAAUGACUUGAGGAAGAACAUUGAACACCUUCAGAAGCAAAACUCAGCGACUCAAGCCACAAUCAGUGGAGUCAUGAACACACCAGACCCAACUUUAAUAAACCGCAUUAACAAUGUUUCUCUCGACUCUGACAACGGCUCGCCUCAGUCUCAGCAAGAGUUGCGGAUCCACAGACAGCCCUCAUCGGACAGCGUCUCCAGCAUGACUAGCGCCACCAGCCACUCCAGCAUUGGCAGCAACCUGGAGCUGGACGCUAAGAACAAAAAGAAGAAGAAAAGCUGGCUGCAGAGCUCCUUUAAACAAGCAUUCACGAAGAAGAAGUCUCCCAAAUCGGCGUCCUCUCACUCGGACAUUGAAGAAAUGACAGACUCUUCUCUUCCAUCUUCACCCAAACUCCCCUUUAACACCUCGACAGCCUCGUCUCCCAUGAUACGCAACUCCAACUCCCUUCCUCAACUGUCCUCCCUGCCUGCACACGGGCCUGUCUGGGGCUGUGACAACAAGUCCAUGAGGUCUGCCUCACUGGCACGGAUCCCUGAGUUUACAGAGAGCGAGGCCGAAACAGUCAUGCAGUUGCGCAGUGAACUGCGCGAUAAAGAAAUGAAACUCACAGACAUCAGAUUGGAGGCUCUUAGCUCCGCCCACCAAUUGGACCAGCUCCGAGAAUCCAUGAACCGCAUGCAAAUUGAGAUCGAGAGGCUGAAAGUGGAGAAUGACCGCUUAAGGAUAGAGAGCCGAGGCAGUGGUAGCAGAGCUCCUUCUCAGAUGUCCAUCUCCCCUUCUUCUGUGGGCAUUUCAUCUCAACUGAGCGUCACAGAAUCCACCAGCUUAGAUAUGUUGCUUGAAGACAGUGGAGAUGGAAGUUCCUGGAAAGAGGGACAACAUGUGAAGGUCGUGGUCAGUCUAGAGAAAGAUCCAGAGUGGAAAGAGGAAUGCAGACCUUCUCAGUUCUUGCUGGGCUGCAUUGGUGUCAGUGGAAAAACCAGAUGGGAUGUCCUAGAUGGGGUAGUCAGACGUCUCUUUAAGGAAUAUAUCAUCUACAUAGAUCCUAUCACACAGCUGGGUCUGAACACAGACAGUGUGAUGGAGUACAGCAUCGGAGACAUCCAUCGCAGCAGUGAUGCAGACACACCAGAACUCCUGCCAUGCGGUUAUCUUGUAGGAGAAAGCGAUACCAUCUCUGUCAAGCUGAAAGACUUGUCUGUUAAUAGUGAGGACAGUUUGGCAUUCGAGGCGCUCGUUCCGAAGCCGGUUCUGCAGAGAUACAUCUCUCAGCUUGAGGAGUACAGACGAAUAAUCUUUUCAGGGCCUUCUGGCACGGGGAAAAGCUUUCUAGCCAGAAGACUGGCCGAGUACAUGGUCCUAAAAGAAGGAAAACAGCUGGAACAUCGCGCAAUCGUCACUUUCAAUAUUGAUAACAAAACUAUUAAGGAGCUGAAGCAGUACUUGUCCAACCUGGCAGACCAGUGUAAAAACAGUGUACAUGCUGUUGACGUGCCUGUGGUGCUUGUACUGGAUAACCUUCACCACGUCACUUCACUGGCUGAGAUUUUCAACGGCCUGCUCAACUGCAAGAACCACCAGUGUCCUUACAUCAUUGGAACCAUGAAUCAAACCCCAUCACCCACUCCAAAUCUACAGCUUCAUCAUAAUUUUAGAUGGAUUUUAUGUGCCAAUCAUACUGAGCCAGUGAAAGGCUUUCUGGGUCGGUACUUACGACGGAAGCUUCUAGAAACCGAGAUCAGCAGUCGUGUGAGGAACAGCGAGCUAGUUAAGAUUAUUGAGUGGAUCCCAUGUGUUUGGCAUCAUCUCAACCGCUUCCUGGAAACACACAGUUCUUCUGAUGUCACAAUUGGACCUCGACUCUUUCUAUCCUGCCCAAUGGAUGUUGAAGGCUCAAGAGUGUGGUUCACCGAUCUGUGGAACUACUCCAUCAUCCCCUACAUGCUGGAGGCUGUCAGAGAAGGGCUGCAGAUGUAUGGACGUAAGGCAGCAUGGGAGGACCCGGCGAAGUGGGUGAUGGACAGCUUCCCUUGGGUGGCAAGUCCACAGCAACAUGAGUGGCAUUCCCUGUUGCGACUUCGGCCAGAGGACAUAGGGUUCAACGGGUACAGUAUAUCUCCGGACGGCAGUCCAGGCAAGCAACCUGCUCAGGGAAAAUCAGAAGAAGACCCACUGAUGAAUAUGUUAAUGAGGUUGAAGGAGACCGCUCACUGCUCAGGGACAGAGAGCUAUGACAGUGAUUCCACCACCAACAGUCACCAAGAAGACAUGCUGGACUCUUCUGAGUCCUUUUAAUAUCAAAUGUGGCUUUUAUAUUAACCUACAGGGUGCUUGUAAGUUUAGAC